ACUACAACCAUGGCAUCUGCAAGCAGCUCUGCACAGGCCGCCUUCGGGCUGGGCCGGAGGAAGAAGAACCCCGGCCUCCUGGAUCAGAUUGGAAAGUUCUUUGGAGGGGACAAGAAGAGGAAGAGCAAGGGAUCUUUCCGAGGUGCUCUCUCUCCAGGCCCUCAGAAAGCCUCUGCGACUUCCCCACGUAAGCGUGGAGCAGAAAACGCUGUGGUCCAUUUCUUCCGCACGAUCGUGUCCCCUGCCCCUCCCAAGUCUAGGUGGAGAGGACUAGCAGCCAAGAUAGGCCUGGGUGACCAGAAGUCACAGUCUGCUAAAGCGAAGAAGGCCAGUGCAGGGGACGGCAAAGGCACCCUGACUAGGAUCUUCAAAAUGUGAUGAUAUCAGCAGCAGAGGAAGCAGGAGUGCUUCUCCAGCCAAACGCUGAGGUCCCUCUCCACAACCCCUUCCAACAGCACGAGGGCAGACGUUCAAGAACACGGGACUAAAGUGGGGAAAAAGAGGAAGAAACGGAGGAAAUCUUGUCACCCCUUAAACUCACCUUUCCCUCCACCUUCUGAUAACACUCUAAUGUACGCUAAAUCCUUCAUCUCCCCUAUUAUCGCCCCCCCCACCCAAGCCCCUUUGGCUGGUAGAUAGCGACACAAUCUGUUGCCCCCACCCUCCCCUGCAUGCUUUGUGCUGAGUCUGUGCAGUCAUCCUCAUUGGUGUGAACUGUUUGCUGAAAUUGAUCCUGAAGCCGCUCACGUGUGCAGCCUGAAUGACCCCAACCCUGACCCCUCCCUCCCCCUUGCCAUGGCUCUCUAUACUCGUGCUUGAGUUUCUCUAGACGUCUUCGAUGGUUUCUUUAACAAAAAGGGGCGGCGAAACUGAAGCAGACCUGGGGCAGUUGAAGGUUACGGCCGGUGCAAGUCCGACUGACUUGACCGUCAUUGCCGCUUUCUGAUUGGAUGAAAAGGCCGGGUUGUUUCUGUUUUAAACACAGAGCGGUUUUCUGUCUUGUCACACUGUCUUCGUCAUUCCCUCGAACCUUUUCUGUUUGAGUUCUGUUUUGUGAUAGAUUUAACAGAUUUGACAUUAUUAAGAGAGCCAUUUGGUGCCAGUGUGUAUUCUUUCAACCCUCGUGUGUUAGCUGUAGUUAAGUGUCCUGUCUUGAAUGUGAUGUUGAUCUAUGUUUGUCAUUAGGGCCUAAGGCUGGCUGUGGACUUUGUAGUAAAAAAUUUAAUUUCUAAACCUUCUAAAUCAAUUUUAUGCAAUAGUCACUGAAAAGAAAACAGAUUAGUCAUUUCUAAUGUAACUUUUCUUUUUCUUUCAAUGAGAUAAUGGCAAACACUAAUUGCCCUCUCCAUAUAUAGAACUAAAUCAUUUCGUAGUGCACUGUUUUCCACCUUUAAAAACUGACUGAAUCUGAGGCGUGAUGUUGAUGUGAUGAUGCCAGAUUCAGACCUCUCCUCUUUGCUUUAGUGUAGUCUAGUUCUCUUCUUUCUCCGUCUCCACUGUUUCUACCUUAUGCACAGCACACAUACUGUAAACAACAAGUGCCUUCCCUCCUGACUACCAAAGCAAUGUGCUGUGUUUCCUUCUUGUGGAUAAUUUAAAAACACAAACACAAAUUUCAAAAAGGUGCUCUGUGACUAACUCUGUGCAGGUUUUCUGAGAAUAAAGGUCAGCUGAAGAAAAGCUCAGCACUUCCACUCGUGCUGUUCGAAAACAUCCAUCUUCCACGUGUGCUAAAUAAGCAGACGUGUGUGAUCUCUUUCGUUCAUCUCUCUCUCUCUACUGUUUGUGUGUGCUUGAGCCUCGUGAGUGCUGUGUGGUGUUUUUCUGAAUGGAUCCUGUGGAUGAAUGUAAAGAUCCUCUUCAUUAUUGUAUGUGUAAUAAAACAUGACCAGCCACUUAACUGAGAAUAAAAAAAUAAAAAUUAUAAAACCACCUCUA